UGGGUAUACGCCAUUCCACUUUUUUAUCGGUAGCAGACUGCUGUGGUGUUGUCUAGUUACAUUGUCAAUCGCGCCAUGCGGAGUGGAUUUUAAAAUGUUUGUCAAUUCGUCUUCGCAAAUUUCUUUUACUCCCCUACAAAUACCCAGCAUAUUUUAGCUGGAAAUGAGCCGGAAUUCUGGCUGGUUCUAGCUAGUAUUUCGGCUCCAGGGACACAACCGAUUCUUACCAGGAGGACGCUGUCUAGCAAGUAUUUGGUACCUGACAUCAGCUGGACCGAACCUAAUUAUCACGGUUAAAUAGCAAUAAAUAAUACCUUUUACAAAUAUGUCAACGACUAUUACACGGGACAUGCGAAACCGCUUACCCUAUAUUCUCUUUUUGGGGUGAAGUAACCAAAAAACGGGGUCCAAAGUUACCGAGGCGAGAUGUUGAGUACGCGCAAAAUAGGGGAAGAUGGGGUAAAACGCACCCCCGGGGCAAAAUGCACCCCUUGUUUAUAUCGAAAACUGUUGAAAAUUUCUAGAAAAGGGUAAAACCAGUCGGAAGUCCUUCAUAGUUAACUUACACUGUCAAAGUUUGAUAACCGUUCAUCAAUUGCAACUCGAGAAAAAUUUGUUUUAAUUAAUUUCGUUUUUAUUAACCUCUUUUUGGGAAGUGAAUCAGUAUUUACGCAAUGUCGAUCUUGCCAAUCGUAAAACCAAAACUCUCGCUUUACGUAUGCCUAUACCUUAUCUGGUACCAUCUUGGGUUUUCACGUCAUUUGCAGUUUGACAAGACCAAAAUUUGACAAGACCAUAAUUUGAUGUUGGAACGGUCUAUCCCUGAGAAUGAUCAUAGGAAGGGCAAUCCGUCGAUCUCAAACCACGAAAAAAAUCGCUAGUUGGACACACACAGGGUCUGACCCAACCAGCAAAUCACGACAGGAGUCAUAACUUCAUUAUGCGAAUCCGAACAUGGAACAUAGCAUUGGAAAACGAAAGCAAACGAAAAAUCAAACGUUUCCGAGAUGGAUCAACUAUGGUGUUAGCUGUCAAAACCAAUCGUGCUGGUUGUUUUAAAUUUGGUGCAAAAUAAUCUUAGUUUACAACACGAAGAAUUUAGAUGCAAAUUAACGACUUCUCGAUUUAAAGCGAUAAACGUCGGAUAUCUCAAUAUAAAUUGUAUCGUGUUCUAUCGAUGCGGUUUUAGUUUCAGCAAGGAGCUGUAAAGCGCGAGAUUCUGUCUUAGCAGACACUGGCGAUUGUUGGCCAUAAUAUCAACUCAAGCAUGUCAGAUAUCGUCUACACUGCUAGCUUUGAAAGGGUUGAUACGGACAGUAAGCUUUCACCAUUACCGGAGCCACAGGCGGAGCUCGAAGAUCACACAGAUCAACCUUUCAAGCCACUUCGGCUCUUCCACUGCGAAGUUUGUGGCAAAGAAUUUCGCAGUAAGUAUCAGCUGCAGCGACACGGCACUACUCACACAGCAGAGCACACGUUCCAUUGUGAAAUAUGUGGCAAAGUAUACACCCGGCAGAAUUCUUUGACCUUGCAUAAACGCAUUCACGGUAACGAACAGCCGCAUAAGUGCAAGGUUUGUGGUGAAGCGUUCCUCCAGAAACAUCAGCUACAACGUCACGUUACCACUCACACUGGCGAACGGCCGCACAAAUGUGAAAUAUGUGACAAAGAAUUUUUACGUAAGCGAGACCUGCAAAAACAUGUUCUCAUCCACACGGGCGAGCGGCCCUAUAAAUGCGAAAUAUGUGGAAAAACAUUCACCCAACGGGUCAAUAUGACCACACAUAAGUUCAUACAUGAUAGCGAAGGGUCGCAUAAAUGUCAAAUAUGCGGCAAACAAUUUUUUCAAAAGCGCAACCUGCAGCGUCAUGUUACCAUCCAUACUGGCGAGCAACCGUAUAAAUGUAUUAUUUGUGGCAAAGGAUUCACACAGCAAUGUAAUUUGAAGACACACGGUUUGAUUCAUUCUAGCGAACGGGCGUACAAAUGUGAAAUAUGUGGCAAAGAAUUUCAUCUGAAGCAUAACCUGCAGCAACACGUUAUCAUACACACUGGAGAACGGCCGUAUAAAUGUGAAAUAUGUGAUUUAACGUUCAUUCAGCGUAGUAGCUUGUCCACGCAUAAAUUAAUUCACAGUAGAGAACGAAUUCAUCGGUGCGUGAUAUGUGGCAAAGAAUUCAUUCAGAAGUAUAACCUGCAGGAACACAUUACCACCCACACCGGCGAGCGGCGCUAUAAUUGUGAUAUAUGUGGUAAAGAAUUUCACCAGCGUGGUAGACUGGCUACGCACAAACUCAUUCACAAUAGUGAACGGUCGCACAAAUGUGAGAUGUGUGGCAAAGAAUUCCUUCAAAACUGCCACCUACAACAGCACGUUAUAAUACACACUGGUGAACGGCCGUAUAAAUGUGAUAUAUGUGGCAAAGGAUUCACCCAGCGAGGUAGUUUGAAAACACACACACUCAUUCACGGUAGUAAACGGCUAUAUAAGUGCGACGUUUGUGGCGAAGGAUUCCUCCGUAAAAAUCACUUGAAGAAACACGUUAUUACUCACACUUUGAGGUAGCAGUAUAAAUGUGAAAUAUGUGGCAAAGCGUUCAUCUUACAGGGCAGCUUGAUCUCACACAAAUUAAUUCAUGAAAGCGAAAGCUUGUAUAAAUAUAAGCUAUGUGACAAAACAUUGCUUCAGAAGCGAUACCUACAACGGCACACU